AUGCCUGUAAACACGUUUAUUCGAUGGGAAAAUUUAAUGGACAUUUUAACCCAUUAUGGUGUGAAUAAUAGUUUUAUGGAAACAUUUAAACAGACUGCUAAUAAUGAAAAAAUAAAUCUCUGUAUGCAAAAUGAAUUUAUCAGAAGCUGUCUGGAAAAAUGGUUAGAUGAUUCAAAAUUUAAUGAAAGUCUAAAAAAUUCAACCAAAUCUAAAGAAACUCGGCUAGCAGCUAAUGAAGAAUUCAAAAUGAAUCGGCUAGAGUUGUGUUGUAAACUUUAUACUAAAGCAGCUCAAUUUGCACCAUGUGAAAGUAUAGAAUUAGCAUUAGCGUUUUCUAACCGUUCAGCUAUGUACCUGAGGUUAAACAAAUAUCAAGAGUGUUUAAAAGAUAUUGAUGAUAGUCUAAAUAUAUUGGAAAAUUCAGAUAUUAAUGAAAAAGAAGUUAAUAAAGGUCAAUUAAUUAUUAAAUUGUUAAAACGUAAAAUUGAAUGUUUAAUGGCUUUGAAGCAAUAUGAAAGUGCUAAAACUAAUUGGGAAAAUAUAAUAGAAUUAUCAAAAAAUAUUUAUAAAAUACCAUUAGAAGAUCAAUUUAUCAAAAAGUGCAAAAUUUUGUUGGAUUAUGAUAAAAAUGAUUCUAAUGUAAAUACUGUUGAGCAUGUCAAUGAAAUGCUUACUGAAGAUCUAAUUAAAAAAACAUUGGAUAAAAAUGAAAUAACUCUUCCAUUUAAAUCUUCCAAAUUACAGCUAUGUUAUACAGAAGCUAAAGGAAGACAUUUUGUUGCUUCAACAAAAAUAGAAUAUGGGGAACUUUUAAUAUUUGAAAAUCCAUUUGCAUUUGUUUUACUACCAGAAUAUUAUAAUUCAUUUUGUUAUAAUUGUUGUGCGCCAUUAAAAUAUUAUUCUAUACCAUGUGAUAAUUGUUGCACUAUUUUGUUUUGUGAUAAUAAGUGUCUUCAAGAAGCAAAAAAUUCAUAUCAUCGUUGGGAAUGUAAACAGGGAACAUCAAUUUUUAAAUGUAUUGGCAUUGCCCAUCUUGCUUUACGUUUAACAUUAGAAACUUCUCUAGGAAACCGCAAUAAUGAACAAAUUUAUAAUCUUUUAACACAUAUUGAUGAUUUUAAAUCAUUAGAAUUGUAUCAAUACAGUCUGACUGCCACUCUUUUGCUUAUAUACUUGCAAAGGAAAACCGAUUUCUUUGAAAAACAUCCAAAUUUUAUGAUAAGUUCUGUGGGCAAUGAAUUACUACAUCAUAUGACAAGAUUAGUCUGUAAUGGAAAUGCUAUUUCAACUCAUAUGAUGUCAGAUUAUGAAUCAGGAUCCUUUACUUCAAUUAUUGAUGAAUCGCAACCACGUAUUGGAACAGCUAUAUUUCCUACUUCAAGCUUAUUAAAUCAUUCAUGCGACCCAAAUAUAUUUUCAAGUAAUAUACUGAAGUAUGUAGUUAUUAAAGCUUCACGAGAUAUAAACAAAGGAGAAGAAAUUACUAAUUGCUAUGGACCUAACUUUCGACGCAUGCGAUUAGUUGAUAGACAGGCUUCUUUGAAAGAACAAUAUCAUUUUGACUGUAAAUGUUGUAUUUGCAUGGAUCCACAAAAAGAUGAUAUGUUUUUUAAAAUAGUCGAGGGACUUGUAUGUUUAUCGUGUAACAAUGAAAUUUCAGCAACUUUAUCAGAUUUAGAUGUGAACGACACUGUUUAUUGUGAUUUAUGCCUUAAACAAUUUAGAACAUUAGAUUUUAAGAAACGAUUACUUAAAGCUGACAAAACUUAUAAUAAAGGAAUGAAACAACUAGAGGCAAGUAAUUUUUUAAAAGCAAUAAAUGUUAUUUCUGAAAGCUUAAGACUUUAUACUCUUGUUUUAAAUCAAAAAAACUCAAAUAUUGCUAAAUGUGAAGAUAGUUUAGCAAAAUGUUUUGCUUUAGCUGGAGACUUCGAGAAUUGUUAUAUGUAUUUGGAUAGAAGUUUUAAUGCAAUAGAAGAUCGCUUUGGCAAAAAUAGUUUAGAAGUUGCUUACGAAUUGGAUAAAAUGUCAGAUAUCAUGGUUAACAACCUAGACAUGAGAAAGAACCGGAAUUUAAUUCAUAAAGCAUUAGAAUACGUUCGGAGAUCAAUGAAAAUAUUUCAUGCCAAUUUAUCUGCAUGGGAUAUUCCGUACAGUGAAUCUGGUAUAGCAAAUAUCAAGUAUAAAGAAAAUAUAUUGUUACAAUUUUUGGAAGGUAGGUUUUGAAAUUUAUC